AUGGGCGAUGUACUCCUCUCCAAACUGUCCGGAGAGCUCGCCGACCUGGACGGGCAAAUCGGCAUCAUCGACAAGGAGAUCAGUCAGUUGAGACGAAGGAAAUCGGAGUUGAUACAAAAAAAACAAGCUGUAAAUUAGUCGAAAUUUUCCUCUUCUAGAGCUCUAACCUCAUCAAAAUUCCAGUUAGAACGGAAAAUUGAGUUGAAAACCAACGAGGACUCGGAUGUGGUGCUGGAACGAUGGGACCGCGAUGGAUUCGAAUGGUCGGACGAAGCGAAUCGAGUGCUCAAGGAGAACUUCAAACUGGACGUCUUCCGUCCGCUUCAAAAAGCCGCGAUCAAUGCGGUGAUGAGCAAGGAGGACGCACUGGUGAUUCUGAGCACGGGCGGCGGCAAAAGUCUGUGCUAUCAACUGCCCGCGCUUCUGGCCAACGGGCUCACUCUGGUGGUCUCUCCGCUGGUUUCUCUUGUCGAGGACCAGAUUAUUCAGUUGAGAAGGCUCGGAAUCGAUGCAUCCAGUCUGAAUGCGAAUACAUCUAAGGAAGAAGCGAAGCGAGUGGAAGAUGCCAUCACUCGGAACAAUUCAGACUUCCGACUGCUCUAUGUGACUCCGGAGAAGCUGGCAAAGAGCAAACGGAUGAUGAAUAAGUUGGAGAAGUCCCUGGCCGUCGGAUUUCUGAAACUGAUUGCCAUCGACGAGGUCCACUGUUGCUCUCAAUGGGGGCACGACUUCCGAACCGAUUACGGCUUUUUGAAUGUUCUGAAACGACAGUUCAAAGGAGUGCCCAUUCUUGGUCUGACUGCCACGGCGACAAGCAGUGUGCUCGAAGACGUGAAGGAGAUGCUCGGGAUUCAGGCGGCUCUCGUCUUUCGUGCAGGCUUCAAUCGAUCGAAUUUGAAGUACGAGGUGGUUCAGAAGACGAGUAAUGAAGAGGAGUGCGUUGAGCAAAUUUCGAAGAUUAUCAAAAGUCGAUUUAACGGACAGACUGGAAUCGUGUACUGCCUGUCGAGAAACGAUUGUGAGAAAGUGGCCAAGGCAUUGAAGUCAGAUUAACUAUGAAAUUUCUCAAAAAACCGCCAAAUUUUCAGAACGCACGGCAUCCGAGCAAAGCACUACCACGCCUACAUGGAGCCGCAGAACCGAAGCGCCUCCCACGAGAACUGGCUCAACGGAAAGCACCAAGUGAUCGUGGCAACUGUGGCGUUCGGAAUGGGAAUCGACAAGCCGGACGUCCGUUUUGUCAUCCAUCACUCCAUCCCCAAAUCUAUCGAAAACUACUACCAAGAGAGCGGAAGAGCGGGAAGAGACGGACUCCCGGCCGCCUGUAUUCUCUUCUACCGUCUCGCCGACGUCUUCAAGCAAUCGAGCAUGGUUCAGCAGGAGAGAACCGGCAUUCAGAACCUGUACAAUGUGGUGAGAUACGCGUCGGAUGCGACCACCUGCAGAAGAGUCCGUCUCGCGGAGCACUUCGAGGAGCCCUGGGAACCGUCGUGGUGUCAGAAGCAGUGCGAUGUUUGCGAACAGGAGAAGACGUCGACGGGCACGAUGGAUGUGAAGGAAGAGGCGAAAACGGCGGUUCGAAUUAUUGAAGAGAAUCUAGCGUCGGCCAAGGAUAGUAGUGGACGAAUCACUGGGAAUAAGUUGGCGGAUCUGUUGGCGAAAAAGUUGAAGGAGCUGGGAAAAGAGUUCUGCGAACGACUCAUCGUCUUUCUUCUUCUGGAAGGAUACCUUCAAGAGGACUUUCAUUAUACGGUCUACUCUGUCAUCAGUUACGUGGUAGUUGGAGCCAAGUGGCGAGUUUACAACGGAAAAGAUGCGAUUCUGAUGCCCACUGAAACGAUUAAGAAGAAAAGCCGGAAAAGAAAAGCUGCGCCUUCUGCAGAUUCCGAUGACGAAAUUGUUGUGCUCGAUGACUAA